AUGGCUACUCACGACCAUGCUAUUCAUUUCGUUUCUCUAGGGAUGGUGAUCCUAGAUGACAUACAUUUUUCGAAUGGACGUGCUGAGAGUAAUGUGCUUGGAGGCUCAUGUGCUUUCAGCACACUUGGAGCAUGCAUGGUAGCUGAUGAAGAUACCCAACAGGUUGGGUGUUUUGUCUUGGGCGGUGACGACUUUCCUGAUGAUGCCGAAGUCCAAUUGCAGAGCUGGAAUGUCAGCCUGAAGAUUGACAAAGUACCUAAGCGCAAGUCAAUGAGAGGCAAGUUACAAUAUCACGAUGACAGUUUUCACAACAAAACGUUCGGAUAUACGACUCCAGUGCUGCAGCCAACUCCUGGCGACUUGCCUCAGCCUUUGCUCCAUUCGAUGGCAUUUCACUUCCUAUCCAGCCCCGAGAGACUCAAACAGCACAUCACCGAACUGCUCGACCUCAGAAAAGCGCAGGGCAUCACAGCAAGACCACUGCUCAUUUGGGAACCCUUGCCCGCGCUCUGCAGGCCUAACGAUCUAGCUGCUCACGUGGAAGCGAGCAAGCUGGUCGACAUAUUCUCGCCAAAUCAUCUGGAGCUGGCAGCAUUAUGCGGUCGAUUGCAAUCCGAGGUGGAUCAAGCGAAGCCGGAGGUCGGCCGACAGCAUAUCCAGAGCUGUGUUGCCGCCUACCUGAACGAUGAGGCUGCCGACGCACACCUCGAGCAGCUGUGCAUCGUGCGCGCUGGCGAAUAUGGCGCGUUGAUUGCCACUCGCUCGUUGAAUGCAGCGGGUGCUGUCCAGAUCGAUAUGACCUGGGUGGAUGCAUUUUAUGCUGCGGCUGACCGGAAGCGCGUGGUGGAUCCGACAGGGGCUGGGAAUGCAUUCCUCGGCGCUUUAGCGAUGGAGCUGCUGCAGAACGACGGAGAUGCGGUCGAAGCGGCUGCGAAAGCGAGCGUGGCGAGCAGCUUCGUGGUCGAGCAGGUGGGCUUGCCGGUGCUCAGCCGAGACGCUACAUCUGGUACUCUGCUGUGGAAUAACGUGUCCUUGAAGGAGCGGCUGGACGAGUAUGAGAAGUAG